CAGGUAGUUGCUAUACACUUAGUCUGACAGGCGGCUAUAGAAUCUUACAUGCCUCCAGUGUAUAUUAAGAUCAGCCGACACGUUCUUGCCGUGCCGUCUGAUCAUGGUCUGUUCUAUUCCCUAUUCACUCAGUUUAUAUUUAAUUUUUUCCCCCUAAAAUGAUGAAUGAUCUUGUCCAAAUUAAUUGAAAGACAAUUUUCAUUAAGAUAGAGUGACAAUGGUUUUUGUUAAAGAGAUAGCUAUAAUGUCUAAACAUCAGUUAUGUUUAGCUUAUUCACGACCUUUUAUUGCUAAAAUGUCAGAAAAGGACAAUAUACCAUUCAUUUACAUAUAUAUGCAUGUACAUUACACAUAAAAUGUAUUGAAUUAGAACCAAUCAAAGUAUAAAUAUAGAAUGAAUUCAUUUACAAAUUAUAGUUUUAUUAAACUACUCCUCAAUCGCCCCUGUGAUUCCACAUCACAAGUCUAAUGCCAGACUAAAUAAUCUCUAAAUAUAAUUAAUAAUAGUAGUUCUUGCUUUCUAAAUGUACUUAUUAAAAGCAUAGCUUUUACAAACGUAUGAUACGCUAUCCGCAUUAAUUUUCUAAUUAGUAUUUUAUUGAAAAAUGCACAUUCUUACAUUUUCUUUCAUAUCGUUUAUCUUUACUCUUGUAUGUUCAGUUAAUAAUUGACAUUUUUUUAACAAGGUAGCACAUCUUGUGAUUGAGAGCACAAAGGGAAACGACUUCCUACUAGAGAGAAACUUGCAGACAUUUGUAAACUGUAUUCUGAAAAUGCCGAAGUUUACGAGGGCAAGGAUGACGUAAAGAGUUUUAUUUUACCUCAAAUUACAUUACAGUUGGAGUGGAGCAAGAUUUCUGGCAAUUACUGGGCGAAAAGACCUAUGACACAAACAAUGAUGGAUUAUGCCAGUGGAGACGUUACAUCUCUCAUUCCAGAAGUUUACGAAACGCAAAAAGAAUAUAUCACAAGAAAUCAACUCCUUGACUUGUAUGAAGAAAGGGUUCUUGAAGAAAUAGAAUUAUAUAUUGAGCCGGCUGCAAAAGAAAAGCGCAAACAUAGAAAUUUUGAUAUCAGAAUGGAUAUUCUUGGAGACAUGGCCAAAAAGUACAGACGAGGAACUGUUUAUGAAAGCAUUACGGAUGAAGAUGAGAUCAAGACAUUGAAAGAUACCAACUUUUCUGAGCUGGCUGAUCACAGUAGCGUUAUAACAGAACUGAAACUGCAGUCUAUGACUUUUUACCUGACGUCACUUGAAGAAAAACUUGAGACACCAGAGGAGUUCAACCCAGAUCGUGGCGUCAAUUUUAAACUGACUGACAUUGAACGUUUUGGCUCAGAGCAACUAAAGAACGAUGCGUUACGAAUUAAAGCAAAAGUCGAUGAUGUUAUAUUUUCUGAUGUGCAGAGGAAGUACAAAGCCGAUGAACCGCCCGAGAACUUAUCGUCUCCAGAAUAUCAGAUUAUCAGAAAUCUUAAACCAAUUAGAGAUAAUGCCCCAAACUACCCACCAACUGUUCUUGCAAUACAUUGGAAAAUUGCGGCAACUGAAAUGCAAGACGCUACUGAUGGACUUAAUGACGACCCCGAUUACAACAUGACAAUUCCGGUUCCUAAAUUAAAGUUCUUCACUUACAACACUAACGUUCCCGGAAAUGCGCACAAGCAUUGCUGGAAAAAAAUGAGUCUGCAAUUGUGCGUAGAAUCCCGAGGAAGUAUACGAAAAAUUCUCAACUUUCCGAUCUUACGACUUCAGAAAAGAUGGUCUUGGAACGUUUGA